AUUGUUGCGUGUUCCAGGAGUGAAAGAAGAGAUCAACUGGCUGUUAAAUGGACGGAGAUCAAUUUGUUGCUUGUCUGUUCUCCACCGGUGUAAUGACCCGUCUCUAUGGCGCUGGCCCGCUAACCGUUAGCACAGGUAGAAAUAUAUGUGUGAUAGAUUAAAUUUAAUCUCUUGGAACAGUUUGGUAUUUUCAUGUUUGCGAUCAAUCGAGACAUUUAAGCAGAAUGACAUCCGUUUGUUAUUUUUUGAGGUAGCAGUUGGGAAUGUCUUACAUAGCCAUUUAGAGGAUUAAACCAUGUAUUAUUCAUAGACAGAACUUGAAGAAGACAGACAUCCCACAGAGAAAUCAUGCCUGGGCCAGGGUUCCCCGUGGCCAAUAAAAUCCUUUAUAAGUAUGAGCAGGAUCGAGCCUAUAGGCUUCACAGACAGAAGGUGCAUGGUUCAAGACCUACUGUUAAUAAUAAAAAGCCACAGAAACAUCCUCACUUAAUUCUGCAACUAAAGAAAAUUCAGUUGGAGGAGGAACGUCAGGCGGAAGUUGAUCAUGAAAACCGUCUGCUUCUACAGAAGAUGACAAGGAUCAUGAAGGAACCAGCCAAAGUAGAUUCCUGGAAUGAAUAUCAAUCAAAAAGUCUUAACCUUCCGUUGAGAGAAAAGCAACUUCGUGAAAUUCAGAUGGAAAACAUUGGUCUGGCCAAGCGGUUAGAGCACACCAGACCAGUUAUCAGAACUGAAGAAAUGGAGGAGGAAUACCAACAGAAGAAGUACUUACAGAUGUUAUGGAAUGAAAAUGCCAAAGAUUUUGACAUGGUUAUUCCCCGACACCAACGAUAUAGACAGCUGAGAAAAAUAAAAGAGGCAGAACUUGCCAGAGAGAGAGAGGAAAAAGCUAACAGCGGAGAAGAAGGAAAGAAGGACGCGUUACCUCCCAUUGGGAAAAACACUGAACCUCAGACCAUUAGAUAUAAUGGCCCAGACACGCAGCGAAGCACAAGAAGUGAUAAUGGCGACAAAGAAAGAAAGUCUGAUGAUGGAAGCAGUAUGGACCGGUCACACUUCAGUUCACAGGUCGACAACGAUGCCAAAGCACUAUUUAAGGUGGCUAAAGGUCUCGCACAACCUGACGAUGUCUUCAUAAGAAACUUGGUUCGAAGAACACAAAGUCAAAGAACCCAGAUCCUCGAGAGAUUUAAAGAAAUGUACAGUCUGGAUUUGGCGACAGAGCUGUUGUCGGGUCUGGGGAAAGACUGGGAAUGUUUGAUUAACGCUCUACUGAAAAACAAAUCUGUAGGGACCGCUAAACUUCUCCAUGAUGCAUUAGAGGAAGGUGAUUACCAAACAGCUGUGGAAAUCCUCUUUACGUGCAAGAAUUCAGACCUUACGGAGUUGAAAGAUACUUAUCGUAAAGAAUACUCACAGAGCCUUGACAUGACUAUCAACGAGAAAACGGAAGACCCAGAAAGAUGUCUUCUCGCAACACUGGCAAAGGGCGGCAGAGACGAAUCUAAUAAAGUUAUCGACAGCGCGGCGGAAACCGACGCCGAGGAUCUUUAUGAGUCUGGCGAUGGCAGAUGGACAAGUGAUACUGGUAAAUUCCUUAAGUUACUUAAGACUAGAAACAACAAACACAUCAUCCUUGUCCUCAAUUUGUACAAGAUAAACAACAAAGGAACUGAGGCGACAGACGACAUCAAAAGGGAGUGUUCGAGAACUUAUUCCGAGGCGCUCAUUGCACUCAUAAACUGCCUACAUGGUCCGGAGAAUCAUUUUGCUGACCGACUAUUCAGGACUAUGUCCCCAACUAAUUCAGAAUUUGUCAAUCUGCUGGUAUCAAGGUCUGAGAUUGAUAUUCCUGCUGUGCGGAAAGCUUACAAGAAGAAGUAUGAUGCUGAACUUAUGGAUGAUAUAAGACAUAAAUGUCAGCACACAACCACAAAAGUUUUACUGGAAAUAGCCAACAAAACACCUCCAGACUGGCCCAAGACUAAGCAUGUGGACAAAAGGGUAAGAUUGCCAGAUGUUGUGAUACGUCGAUCGUCCAAUGAUGGUUUAAAAACACUUCAGACAACUACACAGAAAAAAUGGAGAGGAGCAAAUCCUGUACCUCAACAAACCAAACCUCCAAUCAAAAGAGUGGAACCCUCCUCCAAAGGGGCUGAGCAGAAACACAAACACAACCCACUUGCACAGUCGAGCAUGCGCAUAGCCGCCGAUACGUCAAUACAAAGAAGAGAGGAGGAAAAACACAAACACAUAGAAAAAGAAAAGCGCAAAGAAGAUGAAAGACAGAAGAAAAACAUAAGUGGUACAAUCAAACCAGCCAAUAAUUUCAACCCUUCCACAGACUGUGAACGAUUGCAUGACGCUUUGUUAGAGACGCCCCUUGAUGAAGAGGAUAUAAUAGACGUCCUCACUACCCGGAGUAAUGGUCAACGACAGAUCAUGAAAAAUAAAUGGUCCACUAAAUACAAGAAGUACACAUUGGAAGCUAAACUGAAAGAAAAACUUAGUGUGGAUCACGAUGAAGUAAUAACAGGUUUAAUGAUGACGCCAUCAGAAUAUGACGCAUAUUGUCUUAAAGAAGCUCUGGACGGACUUGGUCUUUCUGAUCCAAUUCUUGUUGGGAUUCUCUCCACAAGGGAUGCAAAGGAAAUGAAGGAAAUAAAAGAAAUUUUCAAAAAAGAGUAUAAAAAAGAUUUAGUCCAGGAACUCACAGCUCAUGUUGAUCCGGAUUUAGCCGAUUUUGUAGUACUACUUUGUCAGGGCGAAAGAGAACAAGAUUCAGAAGUCAAUGGGCAAACGGCCAAGAAAGAUGCGGAGAAAAUGAAUAAGAACGGCAGGGUAGAUGUUGUUGACAAACCUUUCCGAGAUGUUGUUCUGAAGAAAAACCAUGCCCAAGUGAAACUGACAUUCUCAGAAUUCCAAAAAUUGACGGGUAGUGACAUUUACCAGUCUAUAGCUGAUACCGUAGUGGGGGAAACAGAAGAUGCGUAUAUUUCUUUGGUCUCGGCAAUCGAGGAUCCAGUCAAAUUCUAUGCGGAGAAAUUGUUUACAUCAUUUGGUGGUCUUGGAACAAACGAAGACAACAUCGUACGAAUAAUUGUUUCAAGAUCAGAGAUUGACUUGCGGGACAUCAAAGUUAAAUUUCAGCAACAAAAUCAAAAAUCUUUGUCGGCAAUGUUAAAAGCAGAUUUCCCUGGCGAUAGUAAAAAUGUGCUUUUAGCCAUCUUGGGUGACAACUAAUUGCUCCACAGUUAAAAUAAAUCUGCAAUUUAAGCUAGUUCGUGGAAACCUCAAACCAGUCUUCAGUCCUUUUUGGUACCUUGAUGUGUUUUUAAUAAACUUCUUAGCCAUUCUUGUAUUUAUCUGAUUUCUGAUGGUGAAGGAAUUCAAAAGUACAUGUACUCUUGUUCAGGUAUUUAUUUCUCCUUAUUUUUAUGACGAAUUUCGUAUGCAUGUAAGUAAGAAAUUUGUUAUGCUCAAUUUUUUUAAACAUUGUUAUAUCUAUUAACUGUCAUUAAUUAUCUCCACUCCAAGGCUAUAACUGUCGUGUACAAAUUACAUAUGGCAAUAUCAUUAUUUUUUUCUGUUUGUUUGGUUGAUCAUUUUGGUGUAUUGGCUUUAUGACGUCUCCGACAACGGACAAUAAUAUUCUGACAUGUGUGUGAUAUCAUCUAAAAACUCUCUCCAGUCCUAUCGGGCUAUGAACCCCUUACUUGUCAGUUUCUAACCUUUUCAUGAGCAAGAACUCGCAUGUUUGUCCUUUUGCUUGUAUGUGUACACGUGAACCUAACUUAUAUAUUUACACAAAUCGGGUAUCAGAUAUAUUAAAUGAUAUUUAUUCAUUUUUGAUUUGUUUUGUUUUUCCAUUAUUUGUUUGUAAAGCAUUAUUUGCAUUAUAUAGAAAUGUAUACACAUUAAAUUCUGUUUUGUAAGAGGAAAGAGCAUUGGGGAAUAAUUUGAGAAAUACUGUAUGUUAAUGGGAAGACAAGUAGACUUAUGCAACGAAAUUUUCUUUGAUAAACAAGUUUACGUAAACAUAUAAAUUAUUAAUAUCACUGCGAAAAUCUAUUCAGGAAGUAACAUCUGAUCGAAAAUGUAAAAUAGAAUACAUAACAAAAUCAGCAAAAUUAACAAAUUUAUAUACAGUUAAACCUCGUUAUCUCGAACUCGUACUGUGACAAAAUGUCUUCAUAUGUGUGGGUCCUCGCUCCAUUUUAUUAGCAUAUCCUCUAAAGAUUAGUUUUUUCGUGACACAAGCAGAGCGAGGACCAAGCAAACAAAACUAUUUUAUGAUUAGGGUUUUUUUUUUUUUGGCUUUCAUGAAAAUGUUACAGUCAACUAAUUGAUAGUUAUUUUGAACAAAGUUGUGAAAUAUGCGUGGCGUAAUGGCUAUCUCAAUUUCAUAAUCAAUUACUGGUAGUUGGGAAUUUCCAUUUGAAAGUUAAUUCCCCACCCAAAAACCGGUAAAUAUAUAGAUGUAUAUUUAUUCGAAGUAAUUUCUUUACUUUAUUUUUCGUGUUCUGUUCUGUCGUACAGUUUGAUGUAUUAUUGUUACUGAAGCUUUAUAAUUGUUUUUAUCUGUCGAUUUUAUACAGACUUGCUAUGUAUUUGUAUAAA